AUGGACAUUAAUCCCCUGCUGCUGCUGAUGCUGCUGUGGAGCUCAGAGUUUAUGAGGUUGGUGGGAGGAGCCAGUCGCUGUGCAGGCACACUGGAGCUGAAGCAUCUGGGAGAAUGGAGACGAGCUACUAGUGGAGAUGUAUCAAUAAAGGAUGCUGCAGACUCUGUGAGGCUGCUGAAUGGGACCAGUCUGUGUUCAGGCAGACUGGAGGUCAACUACAACCAGUCUAACCAGUCCAAGCAGAGCUGGACCUCCGUGUGUGAAGAUCAUUUUGACCAGCAGGAUGCAGAGGUGGUCUGUAGGGAGCUUGGCUGCGGGCCUCCCUCAGCCCUCCAGGGGGCACUCCAUGGAGACAUGGGGGCUCCAGUGUGGAGCAAAGAGUUCCAGUGUGAAGGCCACGAGUCUACUCUCCUGGACUGUAGGAGCUCAAACUCUACUAGAAGCAGCUGCUCACCAGGCAAAGCUGUUGGACUCACCUGCUCAGAGCCUAUCAGGUUAGUGGGAGGAGCCAGUCGCUGUGCAGGUACACUGGAAAUUAAACUGGGAGAGUGGAGACCAGUGGAUGGAGAUAAUUGGGCCCUGAGGGAAGCAGCAGUUGCCUGUAAACAGCUGGACUGUGGCUCCGCUCUUGCUAUAGAACACAGGAAGUCCUCAGACAGACCUGUGUGGAGGAUACAACAUGACUUUGUUAAGAGUAGAUUUUCUCUGAGGGAGUUUGUAAUACCAGUAAACUCUUCCUCCACUGUGGAUCUGACAUGCUCAGGUAACCACAUCACUUCAUCAUUUGUUACAUAA